AAUUAAGACAAUUUAAGGGAUAAAAAAUGAUACAGAAUCAAACUUAUUUAAAUGUAGCAGAUAAUAGUGGUGCUAAACAAAUAAUGUGUGUUAGAAUUUUAAAACCCGGUAAUGCAAAAUAUGCUCAUAUAGGUGAUAUAAUUGUAGGAGUAGUAAAAGAAGCAAUACCAAACAUGCCAGUUAAAAAAUCAGAUGUUGUACGUGCAGUUAUAGUAAGAACAAAAAAAAUGCUUAGACGUCCUGAUGGUAUGCAUAUUCGUUUUGAUGACAAUGCUGCUAUUUUAAUAAAUCAGGAUAAUAAUCCUAGAGGUACUAGAGUUUUUGGACCUAUUGCUAGAGAAUUAAGAGAUAAAAAUUUUACAAAAAUUAUUUCUUUAGCAAUAGAAGUAAUUUAAUAGUAUAGUAAAUACUAAAAAUAUAAAAUAAUUAAAUUAAUAUUAAUAUAU